AUGGAACACCGCAAAGAUGAGGCUCCUACCAGAAAUAUACAGUACAAGGACAUUAACCCAGUGAGCACUCAGAGCCACAAGGCCGGCUCUGCCUCACCGAGUGCCAUGCCCCACCUCAUGGUGUGCAACCGGCAGCUCAGCUGGACUCUGACCCUGGUGAUGGGGUAUCUCUUUUACCUCCUCUUGGGGGCCAUGGUGUUCCAGCUGCUGGAAAAACAGGCAGAAGCCAAGAGCCGGGACCAAUUCCAAAUAGAGAAGCUCAAGUUUCUGCAAAACUACACUUGUCUGGAUCGACAAGCUUUGGAGCAGUUUGUGCAGGUCAUUAUGGAAGCCUGGGAGAAAGGUGUCAACCCCGAAGGGAAUUCAACCAAUCCCAGCAACUGGGACUUUAGCAAUAGCUUCUUCUUUGCUGGGACUGUUGUCACCACCAUAGGUUAUGGGAACUUGGCCCCCAGCACAGUGGAUGGGCAGGUGUUCUGUGUAUUUUAUGCCUUGUUUGGGGUGCCCCUUAAUCUGGCAUUUCUCAAUCAGCUCGGAAAAGGGCUCAGCGCUCACCUGAUCAACUUGGAGAGAUGGGUCCACAAGCCAGGCCGAGCCCGGAUGGUUCAGACCCUGACAAUGGUGUUCUUUCUGACAGCUGGGACUCUGCUUUUUCUGGUUUUUCCACCCAUGAUCUUCAGUUAUGUUGAAGGCUGGAGCUAUGGAGAAGGCUUCUACUUCACCUUCAUUACCCUUAGCACCAUCGGAUUUGGAGACUAUGUAGUAGGCACAGAUCCUAACAAGCACUAUAUCUCCGUCUAUAGAAGCCUGGCUGCGAUUUGGAUUGUUUUGGGCUUAGCCUGGCUUGCUCUGAUCUUCAACCUAGGAGCUGACCUAAUGGAGAAAUUCCUGCAGCUGAAUUGGCAAAAGCCUGAUCCAGGCACUGCGGAAACAGCCGUCACCAAAUUAGAGGAUAACCCUGAUCAACCGAGGAUCCAUAUCCCUAGCUGA